AUGAACAAGUUUUUAGGACUGCGCAUUGAACUAGACGAGUCAAAGGGAUACAUCCAGAAACAACAAGUAACUAUUGAGUUGCUGUUGAAGGAGUUCGGACUGGAAUCGGCGAACGGAAGGAGGACUCCGAUUGGGGACAUAUGCAAUCUCGAAGAUGAUGAUGUUCAAGAAUUUUAA